GGUGUUUGUGUAUUUCAACUGUCAUUUUCAAAAUAUUUUAAUUUGCUGUAGAAAUUGGGAAUUAUUUUCCUUUAAUAAUUGUGUUGAUCCGUGAGUGAUUGGAAUGUUUUUAUUUUCAAAUCAAUUCAGCUGAUUCAAAGAAGAAAUAGAAAAUGUUGAAUGCACCAAGCUUUUCGGAAGAUAUGCUUCCGCGGCAUUUUCCAAAAGCAAAGGGUCAAUUAGAACUGAAAUCAGCUGCUGCUGCUGCUCCUACACCCACACUUCCCGGUCUUUCGCUAUUGCUUGACGAUGACAACAAAGUCUUCAAACCAGAUCCACCACGAAAAGUCGAACCGAAAAAGUCUUUCGAACAAUGGAAACAACAACACCACACAAAAUUCGCUGGAAACGAGGAAAUGUAUCAACGGAAGUCUGAGAAAAAACAAGUGAGAUUUGAAACGAAUAAAUCCAACGAACACCCGCCCAAUCAACGACCUUUGUGUCCUGUUGUUCCGAACUUGGAGCAGAGUUACUACGAUGGUUCUGAUGAACAGAACUUUUGUUCGAAUCUACGACCGAACUACCAUCAACAUCAACACAAUUCAAAAGAAAUCGGACAUUGUGGUGCGCAUGACAAGAAUGUUUUGCUUACGAAAUGCAACCACAAACCAAUGAGCCCUACAUUUACGAACGACAAGGCGUACAGCGCCGCUAGCCAACUAACGAACGAGCUACCCCAUUUUAAUCGAGUGGUACGAGCUGAAUCAAUGAAAGAGAAUUGCAUUUCCGGGCCCUACGUACCGGUACCAAAAAAUCAACACCGACAAUGUAAUGGGAACUGUUGUCAAACAAGCCACAAUAAUUGGGAAAUGACGAACUAUCAGACAUGCGACUAUGCCGUGCCAAACGGAUGUGUAGGCCAAAGACAGCUACAACAAUCCAAUAAGCGCGAAGUGCAGCCCAAAAGCUUUAGUCCGUACAAUGAGCGAAUUGAACGAAACUUAAAGGAACAAGUGACCGAUGAUACGUUACUUAGUAUCAUGGAGGAACAACAGCAACACAUUCUAUUACAGCAAAAUCAAAUAAUGAUGCAGCAGAAACAGAAUAUGAUACAACAGCAGCAGAUCUUUAUGCUGCAACGUCAAGUUCAAAAACUGCUGCACCGUACCGGAAAUCAUCCCAUCGAAUCGCCGAGCAAACUAUGUCCAACUUCCAUUUGCGACCGACCAACACCACAGACAAUGACCAAUCCGUUACAGAGCGCAACCAAAACUCGAAAUGGUGCAAUCGAUUCUGUGUGCAAUGGUGCUAAAUCAUCGAUCGGUGUGAUGACUAGUUUUUUGGGUAACGUAAAUGAUGGGAUGCCCAACGGUAUGCAACAAUUUAAUGAAAGAUUUGCAUCGAAAGUGACGAACGAAAAAUUCAUUGAGAACAUGGGCGGAUUUUCGGCCGAGGAGUACUCUGACAAGGACAGCAUGUUAGAUAAAAUAAACGACGCGAUCAAAAAUUCAUCUGCCAUGAUCGAUUAUAGAGGUAAUAAGGCUGGUGGAAGCAAUUCGCCGAAACGACAGACCGAUAUCAACAUUGCCGCUCAGGCUUUGUUCUACGAAACGUCCAGUACGAACAACGGCUGUACGACUGAGCAAAAGACAACCGAUCGUAGCUUUGCAUUGUACAUGCUAGGUAUGAAAUACGAUUGUGCGCAGGAUGACGCGUCGAAAAAAGUCGAGAAACGAGAUUGGCAACCGCAGCAGACGAAUGGCAAAAGUGACCAGGUUUCCGUAAACCUUUCGCCGGAAGUAUACGACUACUUGAAAAGACAUGGACUGUUACACCAAGAAUGAAUUUAAUUGUUUUUUAAGUACUUUGUUGGCAUUGGAACGAUUUGCUGUGAAAUUAUAACAUUAGCCAAGUUUGA